AUGUGUGAUGCUUCUGACUAUGCUAUUGGUGCAGUGUUAGGACAAAGAGUGAACAAACCUCUUAGGUACUUAUUGACUAAGAAGGAUGCAAAGCCUCGUCUGAUUAGGUGGAUCCUUUUGUUGCAAGAAUUUGACUUGGAUAUUCGAGAUAAGAAAGGGAGCGAAAAUGUUGUUGCGGACCACUUGUCACGCAUAACUGAUGGGGGCAAUCAUGCAAACAUGCCGAUUGUAGAGUCAUUCCCAGAUGAACAACUCUUCUCAAUGAGAGAAGUUGAACCAUGGUAUGCAGAUAUUGUUAAUUAUUUGGCAUGUGGAACCAUUAGUCGUAAGAAUAUGAUGCCCCUCAACAAUAUCCUUGUAGUUGAUCUUUUUGAUGUAUGGGGUAUAGACUUCAUGGGUCCGUUUCCUCCAUCCUUUGGGUAUAAUUAUAUACUUGUGGCUGUGGAUUAUGUGUCUAAGUGGGUGGAGGCAAUUUCUACCAAGACAAAUGAUCAUAAAAUUGUACUCAGUUUCUUGAAGGAUAUGAUCUUUACACGAUUUGGAACGCCUAGAGCUAUCAUUAGUGAUUGUGGUAGCCACUUUUGCAACAAACCUUUUGAGGCAUUAUUGAAGAAGUACAAUAUUACACAUAGGGUUGCAACACCCUAUCAUCCUCAAACUUCUGGUCAAGUAGAGAUUAGUAAUAGAGAAAUCAAGAAGAUCCUGGAGAGGACCGUGAAUGCUACAAGAAAAGAUUGGGCAUUGAAAUUGAAUGAUGCAUUGUGA